ACAGCACGUCGUGACUAUUGUGUCCGCCCCUUUUCAGGUUACCUGGACUUUUGUUUGUCCCCGUCAUAGCCAGGCGGCGAGAGGAACGAGAGAGAAGGGGAGGGAGGGGAAAGUGGCGGGGUAAAGCGCGCCAGGCUCCUGCCGCAUUUUCCUGCACCUGUGCGACCAAGACUUCCCGCCCGGGCCUACCUCGGCUGGGGGCAGCGCAAUUUGAGGAGCAGGCAGGCGUGUUUCCUCCCUGCCCCCUUCCCAAGCCCAGAAGGGAGGCGGGGGACGCCGCUACUGCUCUGACAGCUACGAACGCCUUCGCCUGCAAGGCGCGCUUUGCAUAACAAGCGAAAGGUGUGUGUGUGUGUGUGCGCGCGCGCGCGCGCCAGCGGGCUUGAGUGAGGCUGCUGAGAGGCAGGAAGAGGGACGCGGCCGGAGCGAGCAAGCGAGGGAGGGAAGGAGAGAGAGAGAAGGGGGUGUCUCCUCGGGAAUGUAGCAUGCAUGGCUGGGGGCUCCGUCAAGAUGCAGCCCCUGUGUGACAGGGCCGACUCUCUGCUCAUCGGCAAGAGCUCCGCCGGCGCCAGAGACCAGGAGCAGCAAGUGCAGCUGCGGCAAAAGCUGAGGGAACUGCCGGCGCUGCUCCGGAGCGGACUCACGCUGCGGAGGAAGAGCUCAGCCGCCGGGGGCCGGAUUAUAACCAGAAGAAUUUCAAAUCCCUAUCUGGAAAAUCCUCCAGGCAAGAUUUAUGGAGAGGGUGCCUCAUGCGCUGGGAGAGCUCUCAGAAAUGUUUUCAUUCUACAAGCUUCUGAUCUGAUGAAAGACAGAAUGUCUCUGAUGGGACUUUGCAGGAGAAGUUGCAUUGGAUCUGAACUCGUAGACUGGCUUUUAAAGCGCUGUCCUUUCAUAAAGAGCAGAUCUACAGCAGCUGGUAUCUGGCAGCUCCUACUGAAUAUGAGAAUUGUGUUAUCAGUGGAUAAACAGAUUUAUUUUCAAGACAAGUACGUUUUCUACCAGUUCUCAGCUGAUGAGUGUACAUAUCUUUUCUGUGAAUAUGAAAGAGAUGAUGGAUGGAAAAAUGGUGUGAAACUCUUAUUGCAGCUAGUGCCUGUUAUUCCUCCAAGGAUUAAUACCUGUAAUCUGAGCAAUAGAAAAAUAGAAGACACAACUGAGACCAAUGCUGAAAUUCUUUCCCGUCUCACUUCUGCAGUGCAGAGAGAAUUGGCGGCUGUUCUUGCUAUUAAGGCAAGAAAAUCAGCAAUGAGUCAAAGUGGUGAAAACAGCACUGAAGAAGAAGCAGUUCAAGACGAUCUGAAGGAUGUCUAUGAUGCACAGGCAGGAGUUAUGUGCAAGCUUCAUGAACGAGAGGAUAUUGGACGCCUUGAACUCGUCCAGAAACUGGCAAGAGAAAACCUUCUACAGACAGAUAAAAAAGAGCAAGAGAAGACAGAUCAGCUGGAUGAUGAAGUGACUACUAUUCAAGUGAAGGAACUGGACCAAGAUGUGCUGGUGCUUAGGAAAGUGUCGUCACAUAGCCCAGCCCCCACAUCAGGGAGUGCCGAGAGUGAUUGGAGAUACGUGGUGGUAUCCGGGACACCAGAAAAGAUUUUGGAGCACCUCCUGAACGACUUGCACCUGGAAGAAGUGCAGGACAAAGAAACAGAGACUCUUCUAGAUGACUUCCUUCUCACAUAUACAGUCUUCAUGACAACAGAUGAUUUGUGUCAAGCUCUCCUAAGGCAUUAUUGUGCUAAAAACCAUCAAGGGAAGGAAGAAAUUAUAGAUGUUUCUUGCAGAAAACGAAAAGUAUUGCACUUGGUGUCUCAGUGGACUUCACUUUACAAAGACUGGUUACAUGAAGAUGAGCAUCUUAAGCAAUUUCUCAAGACAAUAUACAGGAAUGUGUUAGACGAUGUCUACGAAUACCCUGUGCUUGAGAAAGACCUGAAAGAAUUUCAAAAAUUGAUGGGAAUGCAUCGUCGUCACACUGUAGAUGAAUAUUCACCUCACAGAAAGCAUAAAGCCAUUUUACAUCAGUUCAGUCUCAAGGAGAACUGGCUCCAGAACAGAGGGACUGUGAAUGAAACAGAGGAAGUUUUUUGUCGUGUGUAUAUAACAGAACAUUCUUAUGUCAGCGUAAAAACUAAAGUAUCCACUUCAGCUCAAGAGAUCUUGAAAAUUGUAGCAGAAAAGCUCCAGCAUUCGCAGGAAGACUUGGCUCUGGUGGCUCUUUCAUUCUCUGGGGAAAAGCAUGAAUUACAACCAAAUGACCUGGCAAUCUCCAAAUCCCUUGAAUCGUCGGCUCGUAUGUUCGUAUUUCGGAAGAAUCUGACAGAUACUCUGAACCCUUUUGCUGAAAAUGAGGAAGCCCAGCAAAGGUCAGUGAGAAUUCUGGGAAUUAACACGUGGGACCUUGCUUUGGAAUUAACAAAUUUUGACUGGAGUCUCUUCAACUUGGUUCAUGAGCAAGAGCUGAUAUACUUCACCUUCAGCAGAAAGGGCAAUGGGGAAAACACUGUGAAUCUUAGUCUUCUGCUUCAAAGAUGCAAUGAAGUUCAACUCUGGGUUGCUACAGAAAUACUCCUUUGCAACCAGCUCUGUAAACGUGUACAGCUAGUGAAAAAGUUCAUUAAAAUUGCUUCUCACUGCAAAGCCCAAAGAAAUCUGAAUUCAUUCUUUGCCAUUGUUAUGGGUCUCAACACUGCAUCCGUCAGUCGGCUUUCUCAGACCUGGGAGAGAAUCCCUGGAAAGUUUAAGAAGCUGUUUGCUGAACUUGAAAGUUUGACAGACCCUUCCCUGAAUCACAAAGCCUACAGAGAUGCAUUCAAGAAAAUGAAGUCACCGAAAAUCCCCUUCAUGCCUUUGCUCCUUAAAGAUGUAACAUUUAUACAUGAAGGGAAUAAAACUUUUCUGGAUAACCUUGUUAACUUUGAAAAGCUGCACAUGAUUGCAGACACAGUCCGGUCUUUGAGACACUGCAGACACAACCAGUAUGGAAAUGAAGUUCCCCAGAAAGAACAUCAGGAGCUGAAGCCCUACGUCCAUCACUUGCACAUCAUCGAUAACCAGCAGAUGUUGUUUGAGCUUUCUCAUAGGAUAGAGCCUCGCGUGUGAGUUCACGCAGAUUCACAUACCUGCAGCACUUUCAAUUAAGUGAAUGUUUAUGCCAAGCAUGUUGCUUCCCUUGGAGAGAGGUGAAUACUGAGUUUUAUCAGUAGCUGAUACCAUAACAAGCACAGCCAUCUCUUGCAAAGCAGAACGAGGAGCUGUUCGCUUCAGCCUUCCUGGAUGAGAGAAAUGCCAUAUCCAUUCAACUACAGACGGGGAAAGAGAGAAACAGCAUUCUUCAUAUACAAAGACUUGACUUCUUCAAAAAAAUAAUAAUCUUGGUCCUGAGUAGCUUUCAAUUCAGACUCUUAUCAGUGUUAAAUUGGGGGGAAAGAAGACAUUGGGACACUAUGAAGAAACUUUUUAGCAAGCAGCACUAUGUGAGAAAGGCACUCAUAAUUUGCCACACAUGGAUGCGCCUCACUAAUCAUCAUGAGCUGCCAAAAGGAUUGUUUGUUGCCAAAAAGAAAAUAGAUGAAAACAGAGAAAAAGAAGUACAUACUAAGCAAACUUUCCUGGGAUGUGUAGCAACCACUGCUGCAUGAACAUAAAGAAUGACAACUUGUUAGAGCACAGCAUACAGACUCAUUCAAACAAAUUGUAGAAUUGGACCAGCAGCAGGUGAUACUUCAUUUUAGCAGCCUUCCCUUCUGAAUGUGUUCCACAGCAUAAAGCAAAAUUUCACACUGUUAAACUGUUUGCAGCGCCAAGUGCAGCGUUUCUACACAGGAUUGAGUAGCAGAGUGCACAGUGCUUUCUUGGAUGUUUCUCUCAGCUUUUUUUUUUUAAAAUUAGAACUCCCUUUCCAAUUAGUCUAAUUUAGAUAAUCAAGUUCAUGAACAGACAUGCUUAUAGUUUAUUACAAAAGGAAUGCAGUAUGCUUUACUCCUUGAUAUCUGUACCAUAAGAUUACUGCAGUUGCCUUUAGAUGGGUGUAAUGUGACUUCUAAGCAAUGGUUAAGUAAAUAAGCAAGAAUCUAUGAGAUUGCAACAACCAGCAGCUUCCAACAGGGGGAAAGACCUCAAUCACCCUUGGGUUAAAUGUCACAAAAGCAAAAACAUCUGUACCUCAAUAUUGGAGGGGUGUUCUGGAAUGUUUGCCAAGGGCAUUACUUACACUGCCAGUGAAAACUUUUGCUAAUUGAAGUAGCUCCCGUACCUACCCACUCAAGGAACUAGAUUUCUGUAAGAGUCUUAUGGGUCUCCAAUAAAAUUAGCAUACAAAACUACCUGAGGGAAAGCUGGAAGAGCUACUAAGUGGCAUGCCCAUCAGUCAUUAUUUAUUAAGACUGAAAAUGAUAAAUACUUUACAGCUAUGUGAAACCUAACCUGUUGUGAGUGCACACACUUCAUUCUUUUUCACUAAGAAAGACCAAAUAGACCUAAGGGCUUAUCCACACUAUUAGUUCAAACUUUCAAGCUGUGGGGCUUGAAUCUGACAAGAGGCACCUUUUCAUAUUGUCUUGAGAGUAGUCAGUUUUGGUUCAUGUGGGUGAGAAACUCCUUGAAAGUCAAGCGCUCUUUUUGGAAUCACAGUGCAGUGCAGCAUAGCAGAGGAUCAACUAUGAUGGGUCCUAUCCAACAACUUUUUUGACACUUCCAUAGCCACACUUCUGGCAGAAGUAUAGCUCUCUAGCGAGGGAAAUGUGAUACUCUCUGGUGCAAAACUGGUUUCUUGAAGAUACCUGAAUCUGAUGAUUGCAGAUUUCUUGGGCUAUAUGCUAUCUGGAAACUUGUUUCAACUCCUUUCUCAAAAGCUUGUAGCAAAGGGUCACAGCCUUUAAUGUCAAAACAUGAGUCAAAGGUGAACAAAGAAUGAUAGUAAAGGGUUGCAAGGAUUUGCCUAGUGAGUGUGAUAAAUACGAUGCAAAACAAUGCAUUUCACUGUGAAAAAUCUAUUUAUAUGCAUCUUUAUACAAUAUACUAUUUUAUAGUGGAAAUGGGAACAUACUUCUUGUGAUACUAUGCCAGAAAGGAGAUACUGUGGGUAAAAUCUAGUGUUCUUUGAAAUGUGAGUCUACUAAAUUAAAUGAAUUCUCCUUUUUUAUUACAGCUGCUAGGGUAUAAUCAUUCAGGAACUUUUUUCUGCACAAGCUCCUCCCCAAGGGAUUGUGUCCUAUUGGAAGAGAAAUAAAAUCAGCUUUAAGUGGUAGGGUUUUUUCAGCAGGGUGGAGAUUCUUUCCAAUGCAUUUUGGCCUCCCCAGUAUGAAAAUUGUGGAAAUACUGUACAGUGAAUGUAAAGACAAGAUGUUUCAGAAUUGUAACUAUAUUAUGAAUAUGCUAUACAUGUUCUCCUGGCAGCUGCUUUUUUUAACUCAGUAAAAGGGAAAAACUGGCUGCCCUUUGAGUAAAUAUACAGUAUGCAUUUAUGUAGGUGGUUGCACAUGUUAGAAACAAUCCAGAUAACCUAUUUAGGCAUAUGAAUGGAGUUUUAUAUGAGGUUUUCCCUAAAGCAACUCAGCUGAAGAGGCAAGGAUUUUUUUAAAAACC